ACAUGAAAGGCUUAAAGCACGUCUAAUUAUCAUUAUCAUCUCGCCGAUAACAUCAGACAGUUUUUCUCUGAAGGCCACAACAUUAACGUGACCUGUUAAGAGUGUGGAUAUCUUCUAAACUUGCAAAGUUAGAUUUUGACAGAUGGAUCAAAAGACGCAUGUAUCUGGUUUCCAUGACGACGCAGCGGUUGCUAAGAUGACUUAUCACCAGCUUGGUAACACAGGGAUGUCAGUAUCGGCUCUUAGUUUAGGUGCUUCUUCCUUUGGCAGUGUUUUCCGCGAUACAGACGACGCAGAAAGUUUGCAGGUGCUCGAGCUUGCCGUGCGGAGCGGGAUCAACUUAAUAGACACCGCCCCAUGGUACGGGCACGGGAAAUCGGAGACCGUGCUCGGCAAAGGUCUAGCAAAUAUCCCGAGGUCGAGUUACUAUCUCACAACAAAAGUUGGCCGAUAUCUUCCGAACCCGUCGGAAAUGUUCGACUUCCGGGCAGAAAGAGUUAUACGUAGUGUGGAUGAAAGUUUACAGAGGCUAGGACUGGAAUAUGUAGACGUUAUCCAGGUCCACGAUAUGGAGUUUGCGCCUAGCCUUGACGUAAUUAUCAAUGAGACAUUGCCAGCGCUGCAAAAAGUCAAGGAGGCCGGGAAAGCGAAGUUUAUCGGCAUAACUGGAUAUCCGCUGGAAAAUUUCAAAACAGUUUUAACACGAAGUCAGGUAAAGAUAGACACAAUUUUAACAUAUUGUCGGGGCUGUAUGAAUGAUAAUGCACUCCAAGGAUAUAUGCCAUUCUUCAAAGAACAAGGGGUGGGGGUGAUUAAUGCUUCAGCUAUCAGUAUGGGUCUACUUUCUAACAGAGGCGCCCCGGCAUGGCAUCCGGCACAGCAAAAUAUAAAAGAUGUCUGUAAGAAUGCAGCCUCAUAUUGCCAGGAAAGAGACGUUGAUAUAUCUAGGCUUGCUCUUAAAUUCACAGUAAGCCAACCUGGUAUUGCUACGACUCUAGUCAGCACAGCCAGUUUAGCAAACAUGCGGAAGAAUCUUGAUUCUAUGGCAACGCCACUGACACCAAAAGAACAGACCGUUUUAGAAGAGGUUAUGGACAAGUAUAUGAAGCCCUUGGACAACCAGAAUUGGGAAGGCAUAGAAGUUAGCCGAUAUUGGGAACAGAUUAACGAAGCCAAAUAUUAGCAUUGUCACUUUGUUUAGCCGAUUUACUAGGAGAUUUAAAACUCACGCAUUUUUUUUACAAAGCGUCCUGCUUCCUUAAAGGUCUAUUAUAUGUUCUUUGACAUAACUUGGAAAGAAUUAUAUCAACUUGUGUUACAAUAGAAGGGGGUACUUGCAUCUUUUUACUUCUUAAACAGUUGUAAUACCGUGAGUGUUCUUUCAUUAAAAGUUGCAAAAGAAA